CAGUUGGCUCACCCUGACCUUGGAGGCUGGAAGUCUGAUGAGCAUUCCUGGGAGCCACGUGAGCCAGAUUGGCAGGAACAGCUGCAACCAAUGGAGAUGCCUAGCAGUGGCUGCUCAGAUUGAGUUUCACUCCAGUCACUUGAGAUUUUUCUCUUUCUCCCCCUGUUGUGCUUUUCGUCUUCGUUGGUGGGGUUGGAUGAAUGCACUGAUGCAGUCUUAGUGAGCAAGACAUUCGUUUAGUGGAUUUGGGAUUCUACCUUCAUUGCCUUCCACAGCUCCAGCUGCCUGGCAUGGCUGGGCUUUUAUAGCUCCAAGCUUUCUGAGCACACAACCUGCCCUCCUGUAUCAGGGCAUUUUAUGUUGUGUUCUCUCAGGCUCUUCUUUUUUGCUGUAUUUAGAGAUUAGUAUAUGAGGCUUUUUAAUGCAUGGGAGAUGGGUCAGGACCAGACAAAGCAACAGAUAGAAAAAGGACUCCAUCUCUACCAGUCUAAUCGGACUGAAAAGGCUCUGCAAGUCUGGAUGAGGGUUUUGGAGAAGUCUGCGGAUCCUGCUGGCAGGUUUCGCGUUUUGGGUUGCCUCAUCACUGCUCAUGCAGAGAUGGGCAGAUACAAAGAUAUGCUGAAGUUUGCAGUGGUACAGAUUGACACAGCACGGGAGCUGGAAGACCCAAAUUACCUUACAGAGGGCUAUCUAAACCUGGCUCGCAGCAAUGAGAAACUCUGUGAAUUCCAGAAAACAAUAUCUUACUGUAAGACAUGCUUGAACAUGCAGGGUACUACUGUGAGCCCGCAGCUGAAUGGCCAGGUGAGCCUCAGCAUGGGCAAUGCCUUCCUGGGCCUCAGCAUUUUCCAGAAGGCUUUGGAGUGCUUUGAAAAAGCUUUACGCUAUGCACACAACAAUGACGACAAGAUGCUGGAGUGUCGAGUCUGCUGUAGCCUUGGGAACUUCUAUGCCCAGAUAAAGGACUAUGAGAAAGCUUUGUUCUUCCCAUGUAAAGCAGCAGAGCUGGUGAAUGACUAUGGUGCAGGCUGGAGCUUGAAGUACCGUGCAAUGAGCCAGUAUCACAUGGCAGUCGCCUACCGGAAACUGGGCCGCUUGGCAGACGCUAUGGACUGCUGUGAGGAGUCCAUGAAGAUUGCCCUUCAGCAUGGUGACCGGCCUCUGCAGGCACUGUGUCUGCUGUGCUUUGCUGAUAUCCAUCUCAGUCGCAGAGAUGUGCAGACAGCCUUUCCCCGGUAUGAUUCUGCCAUGAGCAUCAUGACAGAGAUUGGAAACCGCCUGGGUCAGAUCCAGGUGCUGCUAGGAGUGGCUAAGUGCUGGAUGAUCCAGAAGGAGCUGGACAAGGCUCUGGAAAGCAUUGAAAAGGCACAGGAACUGGCAGAGGGACUAGGGAACAAGCUUGGUCUGCUGAAGCUCCACUGUCUGUGUGAAAGGAUCUAUCGCACAAAGGGGCAGCAGCGAGAAUUGCGUGACCAUGUAGUGAAGUUCCAUGAAUGCGUGGAGGAGAUGGAGCUGUACUGUGGCAUGUGUGGAGAAUCUAUUGGGGAGAAGAACAACCAGCUGCAGGCGCUGCCUUGCUCCCACUUCUUCCACUUGAAGUAAUGAGCUGGAAAUACUGGAGAUCUUUGCCCUUAUGUUAGAGUGCCUGCAGACCAACGGGACGCGGGGCUGCCCCAACUGCCG